AUGGAGAAAGAUCAGAAGGACGACAGCUCUGACGACGGACUCGUGAGAGAGCUUCUCGAUGACGAGUCUCCUUUCUUUGUUCUAUCUCAAGGGACAAUGUCAUCCAAUGUGUAUUCAGGGCCAAGGAUUCAAGAUAUCGAGAAUUCUUUGUCAGUGUCGAACUGGAAGGAUGUACCCCAAGUACAAGAACAAACCAGGAUUGAUUCAAUGCUGGAAAGAAAUUUGAGUAAGAUGGAGAAUAAGUAUACUCUAAAGAUCAAAAGCUGCGGCAAUGGCAUGGCUGAUGAUGGCUAUAAAUGGAGGAAAUAUGGGCAAAAAUCCAUCAAAAACAGCCCAUAUCCUAGGAGCUACUACAAAUGCACCAACCCAAGAUGCAGUGCCAAAAAACAGGUGGAGAAGUCGAGAGACGACCCAGAUACACUAAUCAUCACCUACGAAGGCCUUCAUCUACACUUCGUCCAGCCAUAUUUCCCUUUCCAUGAUAAUGCACCGAUCAAGAAACCAAAGAAGGCUGAUUCGGAAUCCGAGUCACAGGCUCAUGGAGCGUCACAAACUGCAGCAAAUGAUAUCAACAACAGUGAGCCUCUACUGCCAAGCACUUCCCCUCAAGAAAUAUCAUUGGAAACAGGGUUUGGGCAACAAGGUUUGCUUGAAGAUGUGGUGCCUUGGAUGAUAAGGAACCCAUCGCACAACAAUGGUGUUUCCUCCAAUUCAUCUUCUUGUUCAUCUUCUUCACAGUCACGUUCUGCUCCUGCUUCACCCUCUUCUCUAUCUUGGUCUCCUGGUUAUGAUCCCUGGCCUGUUUUUAUAUAAGCAUACACUAGCACUAGCAUUAAUUAGGUGAAUAUUUUGCUUGGUGGGUAGAAACUUAAAAUCCCAUUAUAUUAUAUUAUAGUAAGUCUUCAUUGAUGUUAAUAAUUAC